CCUCUCGCACCGCCACUGUACUACAUUGCCGCUGAGUGAGACUCGGGUAUGUUUCGUCGCGCUUUCGGCUGGUACGCCGGCAUGCUCGAGAGCCGCCCGCUGGUGACCAAGGGCGUGACGUCGGCGGCACUCAUGGGCGCCGGCGAUGUGUUUGCGCAGAAGGUGGUGGAGGGCAACGAUGAGCUGCAUCUGAGGCGGACCGGAUCGUUUGUGUUCUUCGGAUCAGUCCUCGGGCCGAUGCUCCAUCCGUGGUUCGGGUUUCUCGGCAACAUCGCAGCUAGGGUGGGCGGAGGAAUGAAGGGCACAGUGGCUGCGGUGGCGGUGGAUCAGGCGGUCAUGCCGCCGGCGCUGAUCACGCUGUUCUGGUUGACGCAGCCGGUGCUCGAGGGCAAGUCGUUCGACACCGCGCUCGAGCUGAUGAACGAAAACUGGCUCGUCAUGCUCAAGGGCAAUUACGUAGUGUGGCCGGCGGCGCAGGCCAUCAACUUUACCUUUGUCCCACCCCAGUUCCGGGUCCUCUUUGUCAACAUGGUCUCACUCGGCUGGAACUCGUUUGUCUCAUGGCUCUCGCACCGCGCCCCGCACGACGACGCCGGCCACGUCGCCAUCGGCGACGGCGUGCUCCCAAACGUCGCAUCAGUGGCCAUCGAGGGCAACCCCGAGGUCAUGGCCGAGGCCAUCGAUCCGCUUGCGUCCGGAACUGCGGCCGGAGGCGAGGAUGACGACGCAGCCUAGCUGGGUCCCGAAAGAGAGUGUGAUCGGCACUGGCGGACUCAACCUUCAUCACAUGGCAUGUCAGGACUACGGAUGGCCCCCGCAGCCGUGUCGUAGCCAUGUUGUAGUCGUGUUGCAGCCGUGGCUUUGGCUGCCGAGGUGUUUGGAACGAAAUAGAAAAUUGGCAGAGUGCCGGCAGAAG